AAAAAAUGUAUCUAAAAUUCAAUCAACAAAAUCAAAAUUCAACACAAACUUAGAACAUAAUGUGACAAUUACUAUGACUGAACAUGACUCUAAGACAAUACAGUGUUGUCAAAUGGCGGCCAUGGCGGCACAAUGGCGGAAAAGCGUGGUGGUUUUUUGAAAAAACGCCACCGAAUAGCGGUGGCGUGGUGGCGCCAUGGCGGCCACCAUAGCCAUGGCGGCCACCAUAGCCAUGGCGAUCAUGGCGGAUAUGGCGACAUGACGGAAAUAGCAUCUUUUUUUUGUUUUUUUUCCCGCGGUAGGAGUUGGGUUGACCUGACCCAACCCUACCCGGUAACUUAAUCAAAAGCACAACCCUCCCCUCCCACGCAAGGUUGAAUCAGAACGCAGCCCUCCUCCAAGCUCCAACAAAAAAGUGCGACCCCGGAACCCAGCUGCGACCCCUGCAACCAGCCGUGAUGCCCCACACCCACACGCGACUCACUGCACACAGGACGCAGCCUGUAGCGACGACCCACGGCGACGACGAGCACAGCGCGAACGGAGGCGACGAGCACGGCGCAAACGACGGUGACGACCCUCACGCAGUGAACAUUGCGAUCCAACUCAAUGGUGGGCGCAAGUUUUAUUUUUCUUUUUUUUUUAGUUUUGUUUUUGCUGUUUGACACCCCUUUUCUCAGUCUGCAGCUUUUUUUUUCCCUUUUGUUAUUUGACACCCUCUUUUUACUUUCGACAGUUCCAUUUUUAACUUUUUUUCUAUUUGACACCACAAAUUUUUUUUUUCUGUUCAGUCCUCUUUUAAAUGGCUGAACCAUCAUCCGAUGUUGCUACUGCAAGUGCAACGAGGAAAAAUAAGACAGAUCCAGACUGGAAAUAUUGUCAUUCACUGGUGGAAGGAGAUACAAACACCAUUGUUUGUAAUUUCUGUGAAAAAAUCACAAAGGGAGGAAUAAUCAGAGUCAAACAACACCUGAUUGGAAAGUCAGGUAACGUUGCAGCUUGCAAGAAAACUCCACCAAAUGUAGUCGAAGAGUUGAAGAAAUAUAUGGCUACAAAAAAAAGUGGGACUACUUACAAUACUUCUGGUAGUGGUAAUAUGACAAAUAUAAGAGAUUUUGAAUUUGGUGAACCAAUUGGAUGUGAUGGAAGUGAAGAAGAUGAGUUUGUGGACUCUUGUAAUGCUGCUGCAAGUGCAAAGACAAAGUGUGGGACUAAAAAAGGACCAAUGGACAAAUUUUGUAAGAAUCUAGAAAAUGCAAUCAAUCGGAGAAAAAUGGAGAUGUUGAGGCAAAUGAACAUAAGAGAGUCAAUGGAUAAGAAUGAAGUAUUGAAGGUGCAUCAAAAUAUUGCUCGCUUUUGAUACCAAGCAGGUUUGUCAUUCAACCUCAUUAAAUUGAAAAGCUUUGAGAAUAUGGUUGCAGCCAUUGGUCAAUAUGGGCCACAUUUGCCCAUUCCUAGCUAUCAUGACAUUAGAGUUCCACUCCUGAAGAAGGAAGUUGAAUAUACUGAAAAUUUGAUGAAAGGCUAUAGGGAGCAAUGGGUCAAGUAUGUUUGUACUAUUAUGUCCGAUGCAUGGACUGAUCGGAAACAAAGAUGCAUCAUUAAUUUUUUGAUUAACUCUCAAGCUGGUACCAUGUUUUUGAAGUCUGUUGAUGGCUCUGAUUUUGUAAAGACAGGUGAAAAUCUUUUUGAGUUGCUUGAUGCCAUUGUGGAGGAAGUUGGAGAAGCGAAUGUUGUUCAAGUUGUAACCAAUAAUGGGAGCAACUAUGUUUUAGCGGGGAAGUUGUUGGAGGAGAAAAGGAAACAUAUUUAUUGGACUCCUUGUGCAGCUCAUUGUAUUGAUUUGAUGCUUGAAGAUAUUGGGAAGCUUUCCUUGAUAAGGAAGACAAUUAGAAGGGCAAUUAAUCUAGUUGGGUUUAUCUAUGCCCAUUCUAGUACCUUAAGUUUGUUGAGAAAUUUUACAAACAAGAGGGAAUUGGUGAGACGUGCUAUUACUAGAUUUGUCACUUCUUAUCUAAUCUUGGAAAGGCUCCACAAAGAGAAAACAAAUAUUAGAAAGAUGUUUACUUCUGAUGAAUGGACCUUGAACAAGCUAUCUAAGGAGCCUAAGGGAAAAGAAGCUGCAAAGGUAGUUCUUAUGCCUUCUUUUUGGAAUAGUGUGGUUUACACUCUUAAAGUCAUGACUCCACUUGUGAAAGUGCUUUGUCUUGUGGAUGGUGAAAAGAAACCAGCUAUGGGCUAUAUUUAUGAAACAAUGGACAAGGCAAAAGAAACAAUUAUCAAGUCUUUCAACAACAAUGAAAGCAAGUACAAAGAUGUGUUUGCAAUCAUUGAUAAAAGAUGGAAUUGUCAGCUUCAUAGGCCAUUGCAUGCAGCUGUCCACUUCUUAAAUCUAGAGUUCUUUUAUGACAACACUGACUUGGAGUUUGAUUUUGAGGUCACCAAUGGUUUGUUUAAGUGCAUUAAGAAGUUGAUUCCACAAUUUGAUGUGCAACAAAAAAUUCUAACCGAGUUGCAUCUUUACAAGAUUGAUGCUGAACACUUUGGUUCUAACUUUUUAAUGGCUCAAAGGAAAACCCAUUCUCCUAGUAAGAAACUUUUACCAUAUGACAAAUAUAAAUACCAUACUAUUUUUUUAUGUAUUAGUGUUAUAAUUCAUAAUUCUAAGUUAUGCUCUUGGUUGGUAAUUGGUAUUGCAGCAUAUUGGUGGCGAAUGUUUGGGUCACAAACUCCAAAUUUGCAGAAACUAGCUAUUAAAAUUUUGAGUUUGACUUGCAGUGCUUCAGGAUGUGAAAAAAAUUGGAGUGUGUUUGAGCAAAUUCAUUCCAAAAAAAGAAAUAGGCUUGAGCACAAGAGGUUGCAUGAUUUGGUGUUUGUCAAAUACAACUAACAAUUGAAGCAAAGAUAUAAUGCAAGAGAUGAAAUUGAUCCAAUUUCUCUUAAUGAUAUUGAUGUGUGCAAUGAAUGGCUCGUGGGAGAGAUGGAUCAAGAUGAUGAUAAUGAUGCUGAAAAUGAUUUGGUAUUUGAAGAUGAUGAUGCUCUAAAUUGGGCAACUGUGUAUCAGGCUUCGGGGGUUGGAGAGUGUAGGAUGUAUACUAGGCGGAAAAAGCAAAAAACAAGAAGUGUUACUGCUACACAAACUUCUAAAAAACAGACAAUGGUUGUUGGAUCUUCAUCAAGGAAGCAAAAAACAGUCUAAGAAAAUGAUGAGGAUCUAGAUUUUGAGAAUAUUGAUCUUGAAUCUGAAGAAGAAGAAAUCAUGGUCAAUUUUGAGGCGUCUGAUGGGGAAGAGGGAGAGGGAGAUGCUCCAUUACCAUAUGAUAACAACGAAGAUGAUUAUGUUGGAAUUGGAGAAGAUGAUUAGAACCUCAACCUUCACUUUGCACUUUGCAUUAUGUUUUUAUCAUUUUCUUAUUUUGAACUCUUUAAUGAGUUUAUUUGGUGUUGGUACUUGAUUAUUGUAUGAACUCAUGAAACUUUUUUAGUUUAUUUGAAUGCAAUCCUUUUGUUUUUUUUCAAUUUCAAUGAGUUUAUAUAUAUGUAUUUUUUUUUUGUCCACCAUGACAUCCACCAUUUUCCGCUACGCCAUCCGCCAUAUUUUUAUGACGGAUUUUUGUCUUUCCGCCAUGAAUCACCAUCCGCCAUAUUUUUAUGACGGAUUUUUGUCUUUCCGCCAUGAAUCACCAUCCGUCAUUAACAACAUUGAGACAACAUGAAUUAAGUGAUUUACACUUAGAUUUUUGGGUUUUUUUUCUAAUCAAUAUUUUGAAAGAAAAUUUAGAUCUAAAGGUUCAACAUAAGAAGAUUAUGACUGAAAAAUGAUAGAACCUAAAAACAACACAAAAACAUGAUCCAAGAAUAGAUCUAUAAAAUUUGAAUCAUAGAAAUACAAGAACAAAUGUAGACCUAAGGUUUAAUCGGUUUAUUUUUUUGAAUCUACUCUAAAUAACACCAAAUCACAAGACAAUGAAGGAUAUACAUGGAGAAUAAGAUGAAGAACAAGGAAUUAAAGUGAAUUGACCGAACAAUGGUGUAGCUCCAUGUGUAGCUUGUAGGCCUUGGAUCUUCUUCAUCAAUGGAGUCCUUUGCUUCUUGAAGAUCAGGGGUAGCGGAAUGAAGAUGGAAUAAAGAUGAUUGGAGACGCUACUUCAAGGAGAAUACGAGUUAAGAAGAAGCUCACCACCAUAGGAAGUCAGAGCUUGGAGGUUAGAGAAGAUGAAUGGACGGAGAGGGAAAGGAACACGAAAUUUUGUGCCUCAAAUGAGGUCUGAACUUUGAAGUGUAAUUCUCAAAUGAUCAAAGUUAAAAAAA